GAGGUAAGUUCCACUGACGCUGUGUGUUCGAGUCCUAAACGGAUCUCCACUUCACUGUCUAAGUGCACUACAUUCAGUACAGAGAGGAGUUGUGAUGAGUUCAGCAGGAGUCAGACGCCGCUCCUCCAGGAGGUCUCGGGCUCCUGAUCCUCUUCCCUCACAGCCGUGUGAGGACGUGAAAACAAAGACUUCAGAUGGAGAAGUGUCCACAUGGUCAGAAGUGAAGAAAGAAGAGACGCUGGAGCUGAACAUCAGCAGCCAUGGAAGCGACCUGGACACCAAACCUGAAAAUGUCCCCAUUAAAGAGGAAGAUCCUGACAGUAAUUAUUCUGAUGCAGGCCUGGGAGUGUUUAAUAAUGGGCAGACUGUUCCAGUAGGUGCAAACCUCGGAGCCUACCAGGGAGAGCUGGUGGACAGAGAGGAGGAACAUAUGUACAGUGGAUACUCCUGGGGGACUCUGGUUGAAACCCCAAGCCAGACUGUGGUGGACCUGAGACCUGAGCUGGAGAAGCGUGAUGCAGAGAUCGAGGAGCUGAAACAGCAGCUGCGUGUCUGCAAGGCCGCACAUGUUGAAGAGGUGGAGGCCCUUAAAAGUAAGUUGCGAGUCUGCGAAGAGGCACACGCAGAUACAAAGGCAGCGCUUGCUGAUCUGGAAGCCACGCACAAAGGACUCGUUGAGACCCACAAUAAUGUUAUAACGCAACUAAGAGAGGCGCAGACAGCAUUAACAGAAGCUGUUAGGACAGGGAUGAACUGUGCACCUAAUCCAACCCCAGACUGUCUAACACCGACCGGGUCUAACAGUUCUAGUGGGGAUGCAGAGAGCAUGGAAACGUCUUCUGCCACAACAUACUUUACAAGCUGCCACCCAGAACUUCCGUUUACUCCUCCCACUACGGAGCUUCUCGAGUCGCUGAUGAUUCGGAGUCGAGGCCGGCCAGAUCGGCUCGGUUGCUUGCUGUUCCGCACUGUGGUACCGCAGGCCAUCUAUGAAGAAUGGGCCUCCACCACAAACUGGGAUGGUUCCAGGGGCAAACGUGGACUGCCCAAGAACUUAAGGCAUUUUUUAAUAGAAACAGUUACUCAGAAGUUUCCCUCCUUGACUAGCAGUGACAGCAAGCGGGUCAAGGACCGAGUGAAUGAAUUUCUACGAUCACCAAGGACCACUGUUGCACAUCGACGUGAACAAUAUUAAAGUGUUCGUCUCUUUUCUUUUUUUUUUUGGUUCUUUAUAUUUUUGGUUUUGGUUAGUUAGUUUUUUAUUAACUGUUAUCAUUUGUGGUUUAAUAUUAAAAAAAUUUGAUUUAUUUUAGUUUUCUAUUCUGAAGAAAGUUUGCUACAUUUUGUUUAUUUCUAUAUUAAAAGUUUAAUGUCCUUAACUGUAUCAAAU